UAGGUUUAUCCGCUGUGACGAACCUCGUAGGUGUAUUUUGCAGCGCAGAAAUCGUUGCUUAUUGUUUGUUGUCUCUCGUCAAAAAAUUUUUUCGAUAAUUUUAACAAAUUGUAUGUCAUCGCCGACACUCGAAAGGGAGCGAUAGCGCGAGUGAUCCGAUCUCGCGCAAAACACUCAGUCGGAAAGUGAAUAUCAUCGGAUCGUAGUGUUUUUGGAAAAUGAAUGGGCAGCUCGUGUGCCUUUUUGCCCUUUGGGUGGCAUUUUCGGCUGCCGAAUUGAUAGUCACCACGAAAAAUGGAAAAAUCCGAGGGACAACCCUGAAAACUGGAAACGAACCGCCAGUGGAGGCGUUCCUGGGCAUACCCUACGCAGUACCACCGCUAGGCGACCUAAGGUUCCAGGAAACCCAUCCGACGGAAGAUUGGGAGGGGAUUUUGGACGCCACCAAAGAAGGAAAAUUCUGCAUCGCUAACGAUUUUCUCGACAACGCGGACGCCCAAAGCGAGGACUGUUUGUUUUUAAACGUUUUCAGUCCCAACACUUCGGGAAAUUACGCUGUGAUGGUUUUCAUUCACGGCGGAAGAUACGUAAGCGGCAGCAUCCAACUCGCGAUGUACAACCCCAGUUCUUUGGUAGCUGAGGGAGUAGUGGUGGCCACCCUCCAGUACAGAUUAGGUCCCUACGGUUUGUUGUCCACCGAAGAUCUCGUCGUUCCUGGCAACGCGGGCAUGAAGGACCAGGUGUUGGCCCUGCAAUGGAUCAAAGACAACAUCGGCAGCUUUGGCGGUGACCCCGAGAAGAUCACGAUAUUUGGCGAGAGCGCCGGGGGCAGCGCCUGUGGGCUACAAGUACUGAGCCCGAAAUCCGCAGGGUUGUUCAGAGCGGCAAUUUGCCAGAGCGGAUCAGGCCUGACGCCAUUCUCCGUGAACAGACAUCCUAGGCGAUACGCUUAUCAACUAGCGGCACUCUUAGACAGCAGCGUAUCGGAAAGCACACAUGAUUCAGCCCAGCUCUUGGAGUUCCUCAAACUUCAAACGCCCGACGCCAUUAUAAACGCUUCCCUCGUAUUGGCCACCGUAUUGGAGAAAGAGGACGGCCAGCCGAGUCCUUCGAUAGAGGUGGACCACGAAGGGGCGUUUUUGAUCGAGAACCCGUACGAGACGAUGCAGAAAGGGACCUUCAACACAGUGCCGAUGAUCCUGGGACUCGUGUCGGAAGAGUCGCUGCUGUUUAUGAAUUCUCUCGAAAUCAUAAAAGCGGAAGCGGAGAGGCUCGACUCCGAAGACGGGUACAUUUACCCGUACGAUUUCGAGCCCAAAAACCCAUCAGACGGAAAGGAAAUUCAGCAAUACAUUAGAAACAUAUAUCUGGUCCCCAACGGCACCUUCAGCGACAAUUUGUACGCUGUGGUUAAAUACAGAAGCGACGACAUGUUCAACAGAGGGGUGAUCAAGCACGCAGAGAUGCAGUCACAAUACGCCGAUGUGUAUUUUUAUCAAUUUUCUUACAAAGGAUCGCUUAAUCUACCGCAUGAAGACCUGCAAGGUUCGGAAGGAAUGUGCGGCCACGCUGACGAUCUCUUUUAUCUGUUCGACACCGAAAUGGCCGCCCAAAUGCAACAGUCCGAUUCCGAUCGGCUGACGCUGAAGCGAAUGGUGAGGCUGUGGACCAACUUCGCUAAAUACUUGAACCCCACCCCCACUCCUGACGCCCUGCUGGGCAACGUCAUCUGGCCGAAGCUGGAAAAGGAGAACUUCCGCGUCUUCAACAUCAACCGCACUUUGGAGGUGGUGGAUAACCCGAAGGAAGAGACCUACGCAAAAUGGAGCGAGGCGUAUUACAAAUGGAAUAAAACGCCUUUCAUCACGUUCUGAUUUAUUUGAUAAAUACAGUCGUGUUUAUAUGAA